AUGAAUCUAACAAUAUUAACUUCAAAAUCGUCCCAUUUGUGGACUAUAAGGCUAAAUUAUGCUUCCAUUUUAUUCCUACUUAUCCUAUCCAUUUUCAUCGAAACAAGCAACGCUCAACAAAGAUAUAACGAUUCCAAUUCGGUAACACCACCACCAGGCUAUGCGUUUGCACCCGGCUAUGGUUCAUCCCAAUAUCAACCAAGAAAUCCUAAAACCGGAGGUGAUUGCAAAAAUUGUAACCAACCAUGUUUUUGUAUAGCACAAAAAGGAGAUCAGGGUCCAGCUGGUCCUAUGGGUCCUGCAGGUGCUCGCGGAUCUGAUGGUGUUCCUGGUCCUGAAGGUCCUGAGGGUAUGAAAGGAGAAAAAGGUGAUCGGGGUUUACCUGGUCUACCUGGUCAAAAAGGUGACAGAGGACGAUCCGGCGAACCAGGCAUGCCUGGCCAUCCCGGUUUGCCCGGUCUUCCAGGUCCAAGAGGACCAGAAGGUUUACCCGGCCGUGAUGGAUGCAAUGGAAGUAAAGGAGAUGCAGGCCGGCCAGGCUUUAAUGGACAGCCCGGUCGUCCCGGUGAACCUGGUUUACCUGGACAACGAGGACCAAAAGGUGAACCUGCACAAGCCUUACCUGGAUUUAAAGGCGAAAUCGGAGAAAUGGGACCUCCUGGUCUACCCGGUGCUGCUGGAUCCUCUGGUACUCCUGGCAUACCUGGUGCUCCCGGUGGAGUUGGUUUUCCUGGACGUGAAGGUCCAAAAGGUGAACGAGGAGAAAUGGGCCGUCCAGGUAACGCUGGAGUUGGACUUAGUGGUGAAAAAGGUCAAAAAGGAGAGCCAGGCUCUUCUGCUCCUUAUACACCACCAUCAAUUGCUGAAAUCCAAGGUAACUACAGUUAUGUUCCAUUAUCGAUUCCUGGUGCACCUGGUCAAAAGGGUGCUAUGGGACACAAAGGAGAACCUGGAGAAAUUGGUUAUCCAGGAGCACCUGGUUCUGCUGGACCGCCAGGUUUAACCGGCGAAAAAGGUGUACCAGGCCCUGUCGGACCUCGUGGUGCUACUGGUAUGCCCGGUCAAGCUGGCUUUCCCGGACAAGCAGGUGAUCGUGGUAGUCCUGGUUAUCCUGGCCAACCUGGAAGUCCAGGAAGAAGUGGUCAAAAUGGCCUACCAGGAGACAAAGGUGAUCGUGGUUUUCCUGGUAUGCCUGGCAUGUGUUUACCUGAUCAACCAGGCGAUUCACAACCGGGACAACCUGGACCAUCUGGAUCUAAAGGAGAACGCGGCCCACCUGGAACACCUGGUUAUCCUGGAUCACCAGGUUUACCCGGAACUCAAGGACCAAAAGGUGAUCGUGGCUUCGAUGGAUUACCUGGUAGUCCUGGUCAACCUGGUCGUGAUGGUUUGAAAGGUGACAAAGGAGACGGUGGACGACAUGGUGAUCCUGGCCCAUCUGGCUUUCCUGGUCCACAAGGUUAUCGUGGAGCUAAAGGUGAACCUGGUCCAAAAGGUGAUCCUGGUCGUUCAAUUGCUGGUCCACCUGGUCUUGAUGGUUAUCCAGGUCAAUCUGGCCUUCCAGGACAGAAAGGUGACCGUGGUUUACGUGGUCAACCUGGUUUACCUGGUAAUACAACUGCUGGUGUUGGUUUUCCCGGUCCACAAGGACCUGUGGGUCCACCCGGUAGUCCUGGUGCACCAGGUUUUCAAGGUAUUGCUGGUAUGAAAGGAACCAAAGGAGAUCGAGGUCUUGAUGGUGCAUGUGGUGCUCGUGAUGGUUUGAAGGGUAGUAAAGGUGAACCAGGUUAUCCCGGAGAAGCUGGUACACCUGGUCAACGAGGUACAUCAGGAGAAAAAGGUGACCGAGGAGAUGUGGGCCCACAGGGUUACUCUGGUAAUGUUGGUUCAGCUGGUGCACCCGGUCGCAAUGGUAUGGAUGGUACUCCAGGUGACAAAGGAGACAAGGGAGAAUCAGCUCGUGUUGCAACAGUACAAGGAGUUUCAGGAGAAAAAGGAACACCAGGUCUUCCCGGUUUGAAAGGUGAUCGUGGUGAAAAAGGCUCUUCAGGUUAUAGCGGUCGUGAUGGUCAACCAGGUCCAAUUGGACCAGUCGGACCAAAAGGUGACGCCGGUUAUCCAGGUCAACCAGGUCCACCAGGUAGCCCUGGUCCAAUGGGUGAUAUUGGUCCACCAGGUGCUACACUUCCAGGUGAAAAAGGAGAAAAGGGUAUUCCAGGUCCAGUUGGUAUUCCUGGUCCACAAGGUAGUCCAGGUUUGAAAGGAGAACCAGGUCGACCAGCACCUCAAGGGUUAACAUCAAUGCCCGGCCCACAAGGAGAAAAAGGUGAUCGUGGCUUAUCAGGACUUCCAGGAGCACCAGGACUUCCAGGUCCAAAUGGUUUAUCAGGAUUACCAGGAACACCAGGAUUUAAAGGUGAACCUGGCCUACCAGGUAUGCCAGGUCUUCCAGGACCAAAAGGCAUUACAGGUUAUCGUGGAGAAGCAGGUCUUCCCGGUCGUGAUGGAUCAUCAGGUCUUCCAGGUGCAAAAGGAUUUGACGGUGCACCAGGACUACCAGGUCGUGCAGGAGAAAAAGGUGAACCAGGACUUCCAGGUCCAGGCUUUCCAGGCACUCCUGGCCCUGUUGGCCCUGCUGGUGAACGUGGAUUCCCUGGCUUACCUGGUCCAAUGGGUGAACCCGGAUUACCAGGGACGAAAGGAGAUUCUGGUCUACCCGGUGUAAAUGGACUUCCAGGACCUGUUGGCAUGAAAGGAGAACGAGGAGAACCAGGUAUCGGUGGACAAAAAGGUGAUCAAGGAGCACCAGGUGUCCCCGGUAUUGAUGGUAAGUGUUUAUUAACAUUUCGUGUAUUUUAUCAAAUUAAUUGUUUUUCCUUAAUUUUAGGCUUACCAGGUCUUCCAGGACCAGCCGGCCCACCAGGUCAACCCGGUCUUAUGGGAGAAAAAGGUUUUGCUGGAUUACCUGGAGCUAAAGGAGAAGCAGGUCUACCAGGUCUACCAGGAAUGAAAGGUGAUCGUGGUUUGAAUGGAGCUCCAGGAUUGCCCGGUGCACUAGGGUUACCAGGUGACAAAGGUGUUCCAGGAUUCCCAGGAUCUGCAGGGUCUAGUGGAUUACCAGGUCUUCCAGGAACUUCAGGAUAUAAGGGUGAUCGAGGUCUCCCGGGUUUACCAGGACAAGCUUGCACAUCAUGUGUUCCAGGCCAACGAGGCGAUCGAGGUUUUCCAGGUGCAUCCGGUCUUCCAGGUCAAAAGGGAGAACCAGGCAUAGCAGCUGCACGUGGACCCUCAGGCGAACGUGGACCACCAGGUCUUCCAGGUGCACCAGGUCUACCAGGAGCCGCAGGCAAAGAUGGAUUGCCAGGCCUUCCAGGUCAAAAAGGAGAACGUGCUGUUGGUCAAACAGGCAUCAAAGGAGCUAUUGGUGAACCAGGUUUCCCAGGCCCAUCAGGUAUGCCAGGAGCUCCAGGCGAACGUGGAUUUCCGGGUAGUAAUGGACUUCCUGGUGCACCCGGUGAACGAGGUUUACCAGGUCCUAAUGGAUUAUCAGGCGCCCCUGGCCUACCUGGAGUUGUCGGACCAAAAGGUGAUGCUGGAUAUAGUGGAUUACCUGGACCAAAAGGAGAAGCUGGUCCAUCAGGUUUGAAUGGAGCACCAGGCAUGAAUGGUAUACCCGGUCUUAAAGGUGAAGCUGGCUUACCUGGACGAGAUGGUGGUGCUGGUUUACCAGGUCUUAAAGGUGAUCGUGGUCUUAAUGGAUAUCCAGGUGUUCCGGGAGCUAAAGGCGCAGUAGGUGCACCAGGUUUACCAGGCGCUCCAGGCCUCCCUGGCCCAGCAGGUCCUUCAGGAAUCAAUGGAAUGUCAGGAGCAAAAGGAGACGCAGGCUUACCAGGCUUACCAGGCUCAAAUGGUGCACCAGGAUUGAAUGGAGCUCCUGGUCUUCCAGGUGAUUCGGGCUUACCGGGUCUACCAGGUGCAAAAGGUGAACCAGGUUAUGCUACUGCUGGUCCUAAAGGUGAACCUGGUCCAAAUGGUCGUGAUGGUAUGCCAGGUCUUCCAGGAGAUAAAGGCAAUCCAGGUUUUGUUGGUCCAGCUGGUUCUGCUGGCCGAGAUUGUGAUGUACCCAUUGUUGGACAAAAAGGUGAUGCUGGUCUUCCAGGUCUUCCAGGCGCACCAGGUUUACAAGGUCUACCCGGUUCAAUGGGUAAAGAUGGUCUUCCAGGCGCCCCCGGUUUGCCAGGUCUUCCAGGUCCUAAAGGACGUGACGGACUACCAGGUGCUAACGGCGUACCAGGUCUCUCAGGUGAACGUGGCUUUGCAGGAAUGCCAGGUCAACCCGGUAUGCCAGGAGAAAAAGGAAGUAGUGGAUUCCCAGGCAGUCCAGGUCUUCUCGGACAAAAAGGUGAUCGUGGCCUUGAUGGUCGCCCAGGUGCUCCUGGUUUACCUGGUACACCUGGUCCAAAAGGUGAAUGUAUUCAACCCGAACCAAUUGUUGGUCGUCCUGGCUUCAAAGGAGAUCAGGGUCAAGCAGGAUUACCAGGUUUACCUGGACUUCAAGGACCACCAGGCCCGGCCGGUCCACGUGGAGAAAAUGGUCCACCAGGUCAACCAGGUCAACCAGGCUUACCAGGCUACGUUGGACCUAAAGGUGAACGUGGUACACCCGGUAUUCCUGGUGUCAGUGGUAUUGCUGGUCCACCAGGUGCUGGAGGUCCACCAGGUCCGCCAGGCCCUGGUCUUCAACGAACUGGUUUUCUCGUCGUACGUCAUUCACAAUCAGCCCAAGUACCUGAAUGUCCAUCAGGCAUGGUUAAACUUUGGGAUGGUUACAGUUUGCUUAUGAUGCAAGGCAACGAUCAUGGUUAUCAUCAAGAUCUUGGCUCGGCUGGUUCGUGUCUUCAGAAAUUCUCUGCAUUACCAUAUUUACGUUGUGACCAUACAAAUGUUUGUUAUUAUGGUCAAACAAAUGAUUUAACAUACUAUCUAUCAACAACAGAACCAAUGCCAAUGAUGCCUGUUCAACGUGAACAAAUCCGACCAUAUAUUUCACGUUGUGCUGUAUGUGAAGCACCUGCUAAUGUUAUGUCAUUCCAUAGCUUAUCAAUGACACCACCACCAUGUCCAAAUGGUUGGAAUAUCCUCUGGCAAGGUUACAGCUUUGUAAUGCAUCUUGGCCGUGGCGCUCAAGGCGGUGGUCAAUCAUUAUCAAGUCCUGGCUCGUGUCUUGAGGAUUUCCGUGCAACACCAUUCAUUGAAUGUUCAGGAACCGAUGGUAAUUGUAUGUAUUAUGCAAAUAAAUUUAGUUACUGGAUGACUGUUAUCGAUCAAAAUAAUCAAUUCGAAAUCCCACGACAAGAAACAUUAAAAUCAGGAAAUCAUAGAAACAAGAUCAGUCGUUGUACGGUCUGUUUGAAAACACAGCAGAGUGCUGGUCAAGGUGGAUUUCAAAACGGAAACUAUUAUGUUGGACAAACAUUGAAGAAACAUUAG